AAAUUGCGCCAUUUUUAUUGCGCCAAAAUUUUUAUUUUUUCUUCUUUACUUUUUGAUCUCAACAAAAACAAAGAGAUUCAUUUCAUUUUGUGUUUUGAAAAAGAGAGUGGAGGAAUGAAGGUUUUGUAUUAUUCUUCCAGUGGCGCUAUUCCCUCUACAUUUCUUCUAGGACAAAAAAUUAUGCAAUGGUUGGAUACAAAUAAGUCAACUUAUGAAAAAGUGGACGUGUUCUCCAAUAGAAAGGCAAGAGAAGAUUUGGAAAGUUUACAUGGCAAAGUACAAAUACCUUGUUUGAUUUGGGAAGAUCGACUUGUUACAAGAAAACAAGUAGAACAAGCAUUGGAACAAGACAGCGUGUAUGAUCUGCUGUUUGGAGAAGAAAUAAGCGAUGCAUCGAGGAGAAUGAAGCAGACGAAAAAGGAAACAAUGAAUACGACAACGACAAAAAUCAUUCAAAAGGAGUACUUGCAUUCCGAGGAAUUUUAUUUGGACGAUAGGGACAUAUCUUCUGUUAGUCAACAAGAAAAGUUUCUAAAUGGUGUAAGAAGAAGAUUGUAUGUUGCCAAGUACCUGAUGGAAGACGCCUCUCAACACAUAAAGACUACUAUGGUUUCUGUAAAAUAUCCCAAGCAAUCCUCUUAUUUGAAACGCUACAUUCAAUUGAAACAACAUUUACUAUGCAUCUUUGAAACGGAGACAUCUUCUCAUACAAAUCCAGAUGAGAUGAUUUCUCUCUCAAAAUUUUUCUUAAAAAGACACAAGUCCACAAUGAUCAAAGUUACAGCGAACAAUUGUUCAUUUGAUAUAUUAUUUCAAAGCAGGGAGACCUGUAGUGCUUGGUGGAAUAUUCUUCUUCGAACAAAAAGGUAUCUUCAACUUCAAGAAGAAGAAGCUAGAAUGAUGAAUCAACUCAAUGAGACAUUUGAAAUGUUCACAAUUAACGUAAACAGAGAACAAGCUGCAUGUCGAAUCCAAGCUACGUGGAGAGCAUUUCAAAGUCGAAAGCUAGUGGCACAGAUUCGAAGAUCGCUUGAAGCUGCUGAAUCAGGUCAGCGAGAGUAUUUGGACGGAGUUCUAGAAGGCUUAGAGAUAAUUGGAUCGGGGAAAAUAGGCACUGAAGUACGUCUACGUGGGUGGAUUCAAUGGGACAGAAAUUUCAUAAAAAUACAGUGGUACAGAAAGCUUCCUCUAUCUUCAGACGACAACAUCGAACCUAUUUCAACUGCAAAUCAAAAUCGGAGGGUAGUAACAGCAGACGACAUAGGUCAGCAGCUUCUUGCAAAAGUUUCUUGUCAAUCUUCAAGCAAUUGCAAUCCAGAUACUCUCGAGUCAAAAUCCAUCUUUCUUGAACUUGCGUCACCUGUUGUUUUACCAGAAAAUAUGAGGUCGAGAUUGGAACAGAGCAUAAUUCGAGAAGUAGGAGAGUAUUGGGUAGAUGUCGUGAUCAUUGGAGACUUUGAAAAUAAUAUAAACACUAGCCGUCGACUAAGUCAGCAACAAUGUUUCCUUUUCAAAGUUACCAGUGAAAGAAUCACGAUUCAUAACCGAUAUCAUUUUCGGAAGGCGAUUGGUAAAUAUUCAUUAUCGCAGUUGAAUUGGGUGAGAAUUGAUCAAGAAGCCAAGUCUAUCAACGACGAAACAGCAAAGUGUUUCCUUAUUGCUUUCAAAAACGACAAAGUUUUUCAUAUCUCCACAAAAAGUAAUAUGGAACGAGAAGAACUGGUCAUGACAAUAAGAGCAUUUCGAGCGAUCCAUAUCAUUGGUUCAAGGUUGAACUCAUUUCCAUCUUGUGAUUUAUCUUCGAACAAAUUGCAGUUGCUAAAGUUUCAUGGAAUGAAGAAAAUAUUCAAGAAAUUUAAAGAUGAUAAACAAGUGGAAGUUACCUGUGACUAUGCUCCGAAACAGAACAUAAUGGAAGCUGUUACACUUCAAAUGGAAGAUCUGAACACAACAUGUAUCGAUCAUUCCACACAGUCACCUGAGACAAUACAGCCGUUUCAGGAACCUAACAAUAUCAGUACUGACAAGGAUGAAAGCAAUGUAAUAUUACAUCAUUCAAACGAAACAACAGAGGUAAACAAGAGACAAAAGCCUCUUCACUCAUUAGGUGAACCCAGCUUGCCUUCAGGUGGCAAGAAACAAGCUAUAGAGAUUCACAGUAUGCCAGGCAUGCGGCCAUCAAGAGUGAUAGUUCCUUUGGAAGAAAAGAGUCUUGAACUUGAAGUGAGCAAUGUUCAGUCCAGAAAUGACGUUACAACCAGAAGAAUUCAUUGGCAUAAGAUUCCAAUGAAUCGUCUCAAAGACUCUAUUUGGCAGGAGACACAAGCGAUCACUUGGAAGGUUGAUGAGAGUGAAAUAAAAGCGAUAUUCCAAUUGCAAUUGGAACAGACGAAUUUUUCUGUUCAACAAAGUUCAGGUAUUUAUGGCGAAGCCGUGCAACAAGUAACUUUCCUUGAUGACAGAUAUGCUCGUAAUUUGGAGAUUCUAAUGGGACGCUUUCGUAACCUUGGCGGUGAGAAGGUGAAAGAACUUAUUUUGAAUGGCGAUUGCUCUUCUGUCACUAAGAUGGACGAAUUUUUACCUCUCUUAUCAAGUCUUGUCCCGUCCUCGGAUGUUCAACAGCAGCUUUUGGAUAAAGCCAAGAAUGUAGAUCUUACAACAGUUUCACCUCCAGAAAGAUUCCUUCUUACCUUGUGUGAAGUUCCCCGAUGUAGUCAGAAAGUCCAAAGUAUCCUCUUUAAGCUCAUGUUUCAAGAAACGAGUGACAAAGUAUUGCAUGAUUUGGAAGCACUGAUGCAAGGUGCCAAAGAAAUUUGUCAAAGCAAUGGUUUGAAAGAAAUCGUCUCGUUGAGCUUGUCCAUUGGAAAUGUUCUCAAUGCACACCAUCCACAAGGAAAUGCGAAAGGCUAUUCCAUUGAAGAUAUCAACAUUUUUAAUGGAGUCCGUUCUUCCCGUUUCUCCCGCGUCACGUUACUCAAUUACAUGAUUAGCAUUUUGAAAAGAAAUAUGCCACAGGUAUUAUCAUUUGCAGAUGAACUACCCUCUCUACGUUUGUGUGCAUUUUUGGACAGUGACAAUGUAUUGGCACAAUUUGAAGGUUUAGAACAUGAUAUGCAACAGAUGCAUACGGAGAUCUGUCGAAGCCUUGAAGAAUCGUGUUCCAUGCCAUUUGGAGAAAUGAUGAUGCCUUGGUAUGAGAAAGCUCAAAGGACAAUGGAAAACUUGAGAACGAUGAUUCAUACUUGGCAGGAAAACAUGGAGGAUGUUAUUCUGUAUUUGCCUUCUGUUGACACAGCUGCUUGUUACAAUUCCGUCUUUCAGCAUUUAUAUCGAUUUGUUUCUGACUUUCAAAGGGCUUGGGAUGAAACUGAACAGUUGCAAGUACUUCAAAGGACUGGUAUCCAAUUUGCUAGAGUCAAAACUCAGCCACAACAAGUUCACGAAAGGCUAGAAGUUCACAAUGUUUACAAGAGUUUGGAAACUCUUCCAAUGACAACACCACCUUCUCCUCCUCCUCCUCCUCCACCACCACCAAUUAUCAGUACAAUUUUCAUCUCUUUCAUCUAUGCCUUCAUUUUCGGUUGUGACUAGUAUCCAAUAGAUGAGCAUAUAUGGAAAAUCAGGUUAUCAAUGAGUUGUUGUUUAGUUAUGGAAAGAAAGACACGUUCUACCAAACGCUUUUUGUAUAAACUUUUUAUACUCUUC